GAGGUGUAUGGUCGCGACAUGAUGACCACGGUUAGCAAGACCGACCCGGUGAUCGGCCGUGAUGAUGAGAUCAACCGCGUCAUUUGUGUCCUUUGUCGCCGAACGAAGAACAGUGCCAUCCUUGUUGGUGCACCCGGAGUGGGCAAGACCUCCAUUGCCGAGGGAAUUGCUCAGCGCAUUGUGGUGGGAAAUGUCCCUGCUGCGCUCACUGGGGCACGCAUCAUGGAGCUCGACCUCGGUGCGAUGGUGGCUGCAACCACAUUGCGGGGCAUGUUCGAGGAGCGCAUCAAGAAUGUGAUCCAAGAAGCGGAGGAUGCCAACGGCAAGGUGAUCCUAUUCAUUGACGAGAUGCACAUGCUCCUUGGUGCCAACAACAUUAGCAGCAUGGGCGCUGCCAAUCUGCUGAAGCCGGCGUUGGCUCGCGGCCGCAUUCGCUGUGUGGGCGCCACCACAUUUGAGGAAUAUCGCAAGUACAUCGAGAAGGAUGCUGCGUUUGAAAGACGGUUCGAGAAGGUGCUCGUUGACGAAACGAGCUUAUCGGCAACCAUUGCCAUUCUGCGGGGCCUAAAGAAGAGAUAUGAAGAACACCAUCACACCAUAAUCCAGGAUGCUGCCAUUGUAGCCGCUGCCCGUCUUGCCAACCGGUACAUCACUGGUCGUCAAUUUCCUGAUAAGGCAAUUGAUAUUAUCGAUGAAGCAAGUGCCAUCACAAGAAUUCAUACUGACAACCAGCUGAAAGGGAGCAACAUGCAACGUAACCCUGUGGAUGCUCUGAAGAAAGCAAUUGUUUGCCCAGAACAAAUUGCCCAGGUUGUGAGCCGAUUGACUGGCAUUCCAGUCAAUUCACUCGCCCAGGAUGAGAAGGUAAAGCUAAUGUACCUAGCAGAUAGGCUGCAAGAGCGAAUAAUUGGCCAGCAAGAAGCAAUCAAUUUGGUUGCACAUGCAGUGUUAAGGUCAAGGACUGGGCUAGAUCAACCUGGCCAACCAAUAGGAUCUUUUCUUUUCUUGGGCUCAACUGGUGUUGGCAAGACAGAACUUGCAAAGGCUCUUGCAGAACAACUGUUUGGCAGUGAAAGGAUGUUGAUCCGGUUCGACAUGACUGAGUUUGUUGGCAGUCACUCGGUGCUACGUCUCAUUGGAGCACCUCCUAGCUAUCAAGGCCACGACGAUGGAGGACAACUAACCGAGAAAGUCAAGCAACGGCCAUACAGUGCAAUCCUUUUUGAUGAAAUUGAGAAGGCGGACCCUGCAGUGUUUAAUGUUUUCCUCCAGCUACUUGAUGAUGGUGUUUUGACCGACGGCAAAGGAAAAACUGUAGAUUUUAAGAAUACCAUCAUUAUUAUGACUUCAAAUCUUGGAGCUGAGUACCUAAUGGAAGCGAUGACCGGUGAAAAAUCGAUGGAGGCUGCACGUGACCUCGUCAUCAAGCAGGCAGAGAAACAUUUCAAACCUGAGUUCCUGAAUAGGCUCAGUGAGAUUGUGGUAUUUGAGCCACUCUCACAAGAUAAAAUGAGGGUGGUUGCUAAUGUUCAGAUGAAAGCCAUCAUUGCUCGUUUAGCUGAAAAGGGCAUCAAUAUAAUUGCAAGUGAGGCUGUUCUGGAUGUUGUCUUGUCUGAAUCACACAACCCACUUUAUGGUGCAAGGCCCAUAAGGAGGUGGCUGCAAAAGAAUGUGAUGACAAAACUUGCUGAGAUGUUUGUUAAAGGGGAAAUAGAUAAAGAAACUACUGUCAUCAUCGAUGCUUCUGAAGAUAGGAAAGAUCUGAAGUAUAAAGUACUAAAGAAUGCACGCACCCUAGGGAAGAGGCCUCUCAUAAUGGAGAUUUCACGUGACUCCGACAGUGACGAUGACAUUGACCUUAAUGCUCCUAUAGUAAAGAAAACGAAGGGGAUAGUCAUAUCAUCUGACUGGAAGUGA